AUGAGCAUAAAUUCAAAUUAUAGUUUAUUUCAUUCAGUCACUAGAUUGAAUCAAAGCAGCUACGAAGUUUGUUUUGAGGCUCCACCACAUAUUGUUUCAGAUGGUUUAUGGGGUGGUAAAGGAAAUCGAAGGACUCCAAUGAAAUCUUUCUUUCCCUUGUUUGAAUUACAAACCCUUAUCAUUUUUGUCCUCACCCAAAUGUGCAGUUACCUUCUCAAACCCUUAAAACUCCCUCAAUUCAUUGUACAAAUGAUUGCUGGACUGAUUAUAGGUGUUUCAUUUGAGAUAAAGUCAUUGGAGACAUACAUUAACAUUUUGUUUCCAUAUGGUACACAUGACACAAUUUCAGCAAUUUCAUCAAUUGGUUUUGUACUUUUUGUAUUUAUAAACGGUGUACAAAUGGAUUUCAGCAUGAUAACAAGAACAGGAAAUAAAGCAUGGACAAUUUCAAUUGUUGGAUUAGUUAUACCAUUAGCUCUUGGUGUUAUACCACUAAUACUAUACCCUGAAAGAAUAGAAAGCAUUGAAAAAGCAAAUGGACAUGGAAUUUUUGUGGCAUUGAUAACUCAUAGUAUGAGUUCAUUUGCAGUAAUUGCUUCCCUCUUAAGUGAACUUCAAAUCCAAAACUCUGAGAUUGGUAGAUUGGCUUUGUCCUCAGCUUUGGUUGGUGACAUAUUGAGAACAACCAUUACAACAAAUAUUGUUGUUGUUAUGGGUAAUCCAAAUAUGAAAAUCAUUUCAAGAAACUUGUUAUCACUUUUUGCACUUGUUAUAUUCAUUCCAUUAAUAUGUAGGCCAAUAAUGUUUUGGAUCAUUAAACAUACACCAGAAGGAAGACCUGUGAAAGAUGGUUAUAUUUAUGUUAUCAUUUCAAUGGUUUUUGCUUUAGGUGUUUUAUCAGUUAAGAUUGAUCAAGAAUUUGUCUUAGGAGCUUUCAUUUUGGGACUUUCUGUGCCUGAAGGACCUCCUUUAGGAUCUGCAUUGGUUAAGAAGCUUCAAUUCUUUGGAAUAACAUUAUUUUUACCUAUCUUUGUGACUACCUCUGUGUUGAAAGCAGAUUUAACAAUGGAUUUUUCAUCAUAUAUUAUGGUGUCUACUGGUAUGGUGGUCCUUGUUACUCACUUGGUCAAGAUAACAGCAUGUUUUAUAACUGCUCUUUGUUGCAUGAUGCCUGUCACUGAUGCUUUAUGUCUUUCCCUCAUUUUGAACACUAAAGGCGUAGUUGAAAUUGGCACCUACAAUGCCUUAUUCGACAAUGAUAUUAUUGAUGAGCAAGCAUAUGCAGUGAUGAUUAUAAGUGUAAUGUUCAUAGCCAGCAUUGUGCAUUGGUCAGUUAAGUUAUUAUAUGAUCCAUCAAGAAAAUAUGCUGGAUACCAAAAAAGGAACAUAAUGGGAUUAAAAAGAAACUCUGAUCUAAGAAUACUGAUAACACUUCAAAAACAUAACCAUAUUUCAGCAGCAAUAGAUUUCUUAGACCUAUGUUCUCCAACACAUGAAUCUCCAAUCACAGUUGAAGUACUUCAUGUAAUUGAGCUAGUUGGAAGAGCCUUGCCUGUUUUCAUUCCUCAUUGUCUUCAAAGACAAGACUCGGGAUCUGCUUCGCAUAAAUCAUACUCUGACGAUGUCAUCCUUGCUUUCGAUAUCUACAAGCAUGAUAAUGAAAAUGCAGUAUCAAUAAACACUUACACAGCAAUAUCUCCAGCAAAUCUCAUGUUUGAAGAUGUCUGUAAUCUUGCAUUGGACAAAGUUGCAUCAAUAAUCAUUCUUCCAUUUCAUAUAAGGUGGUCUAGUGAUGGUGUAGUUGAAUCUGAUGACAAAAAGGUUUUAAGAGCAUUGAAUCAAAAAGUCCUCGAAAUAGCUCCAUGUUCCGUUGGAAUCCUCGUAACUCGUGCUAAUUCAAUAUCGAAAACAACACCAAUAACAUCUGUAACAUCAGAAUUUUCCACUAUUCGAUUAGCUGUAAUUUAUUUAGGCGGAAACAACGAUGAUGAUGAGAUUUUAUGUUUAGUGAAACGUGCAAUGAAAAAUCAAAGGAUCAACCUAGUUGUUUACCAUCUUGUUGCUAAGGAUUGCAUAGCAGAAUUGGAGGAUUUAAUGGUAGAUGGUCAUGACUUAUUGCAAGAAGUAAAACGUGCUGAAAAUGUGAAGUAUCAAGAGAUUUUCACAAAGGAUGGAUCACAAACAGCUUGUUUUCUACGUGAGAUUGUGAAUGAACAUGAUUAUUUUAUUGUUGGGAGAAGACAUGGAAUUCGUUCUCCUCAAACAGAUGGAUUAUCAGAAUGGAGUGAAUUUCCUGAACUUGGUGCUAUCGGUGAUUUCCUUGCUUCACCUGAUCUUAAUAGUUGUGCAUCUGUUAUGGUUGUGCAGCAACAACUUUUACGCAAGAAAGAACUUAAAGAGUGGAUUUUAUAG